UUCUUGUGAAUUCGGGAUCAAGACACGAAGCGAAAUACCUCAGUGGCAUCUCCCACUUCUUGGAAAAGCUGGCCUUCUCCUCUACAGCUCAGUUUGGCAGCAAAGAUGAAAUUCUCUUCACCUUAGAAAAGCACGGGGGCAUUUGUGACUGCCAGGCAUCCAGGGACACCAUCAUGUACGCUGUCUCUGCUGACGCCAAAGGCUUGGACACGGUGGUCAACUUGCUGGCUGACGUAGCGCUGCAGCCCAGGUUAUCAGAUGAAGAAAUCGAGAUGACACGAACGGCUAUUCGAUUUGAGCUUGAAGACUUGAAUAUGAGACCUGAUCCAGAGCCUCUCCUCACAGAGAUGAUCCAUGCGGCAGCUUACAGAAACAAUACAGUUGGACUGAACAGGUUCUGCCCAGUGGAAAACACUGACAAAAUUGAUCGAGAAGUCCUGCAUUCGUACCUGCGCAACUACUACACGCCAGACAGGAUGGUGCUUGCCGGGGUGGGAAUCGAGCAUGAGCAGUUAGUGGAGUGUGCGAAGAAAUAUCUGCUUGGAGCGGAGCCGGUGUGGGGCAGCGGGCAGACCAAGGACGUGGACAGAUCUGUGGCUCAGUACACAGGAGGCAUCGUCAAGGUUGAGAAAGAUAUGUCAGAUGUGAGUCUGGGCCCUACUCCCAUCCCAGAGCUUACUCACAUCAUGAUUGGGUUAGAAAGCUGCUCAUUUUUAGAGGAAGAUUUCAUUCCCUUUGCGGUGUUAAACAUGAUGAUGGGAGGUGGUGGCUCUUUUUCAGCUGGAGGGCCUGGCAAGGGCAUGUUCACUCGACUGUACCUCAAUGUGCUCAACAGGCACCACUGGAUGUACAAUGCAACCUCUUACCACCACAGUUAUGAGGAUACAGGUCUCCUGUGCAUACAUGCCAGUGCAGAUCCCAAACAGGUUCGAGAGAUGGUGGAAAUCAUCACAAGAGAAUUCAUUCUAAUGGCAGGAGCAGUAGGAGAGGUAGAACUGGAGCGAGCGAAGACACAGCUGAAGUCCAUGCUCAUGAUGAACCUUGAGUCUCGGCCAGUUAUCUUUGAAGAUGUGGGAAGGCAAGUGUUGGCAACGAACACAAGGAAGCUACCUCACGAGCUCUGUGACCUGAUCAGUCAGGUGAAAUCUACUGAUAUCAAGAGAGUGGUCACUAAGAUGCUUCAUAAAAAACCAGCUGUGGCUGCACUGGGUGACUUGACAGAUUUGCCCACUUACGAAGACAUCCAGGCAGCACUUUCCAGUAAGGAUGGGCGACUCCCACGGCUGUACCGGCUCUUUCGAUAAAGCAGGGCAUCCUGCACAUGCCUGACAGACUUGCUUCUUUUUUCAAUAUGUUUUUGAAAUUAUAAUAUUGCUGCAAGCCCUCCUCCCCCAGUCUUUCCUGGUGUACUGUGCAAACAUGGAGCUACGCUACAGCUGAACAAAGCUGCUUCAGAACAUCGGACUGUGGAGAGCUUGUUGUGUUGGGCUUAAAGGCCCCCCCGGCUCUGGAUGAAGACUUUGACCCUGUGGGUAGGAUACAAGAGAAGAUGGGUGUCUACAGCCUUCUCUUGGCACUGGGGAGAGCAUAGCAAGCCAAAAUAUUCAUCACUACAACUGAAAGUAUGUAUCUGUCGGUCACUGCUGUGUGUCAUCACGUCAUCAUACCAGCACAGGGGUGGGGCUGUCACACUGGAGGCCCUGGUGUGUGCCCUUCUUCAGGAACGUGGUGG